CUGCAGCUGUAGGGGCGUUGGUGAGGCUCGUGCACCCCAAACCUCUGAGGUUCUGCUGUGAAAAAAGAGGACGUCGAAGCUUCGCGCGCAACUAAUGGACUCUUAGUUAUGGAUUAAUUGCUUUUGUGAGCCUCUCACUGCGCGUCACUUCCGGCCAAGCCCCGCUGCUUCGAGCUCUGUCCAGCAGUCUCGAGCUCCUCCUCAUCUUCCUCACCAUCUUCACCAUCCUCACCCUCGCGCCCAGCGCUCCUGUGCACGUCUUGCUGCAGUAGUCCCUCUGCCUCCACCUGUUGGCCUUCACCAUGUCCCUGCCCUCUGGAGCCGUGUCCAGUCCUGGCUCUGGCCGGUUCUGUGGUUUGUUGUGUCCACUGCAGUCCGAGGCGGAGCAGAGCGUGCGGCCGACAGACUCCGGGCGGGUCAUCGAACGGCAGAGAGAUGCUCAGGGCCGCAGGGUGGAGAUCCGAAGGAGUGCAGGCAAGGAGCUGCUGCAGAACAUCAAAGACACGAGUGACCGUCUCCUAAUUAAAGGAGCUAAGAUCGUGAAUGAUGACCAGUCCUUCUCUGCAGACAUCUACAUGGAGGAUGGCCUCAUCAAGCAGAUUGGGGAGAACCUGAUAGUUCCUGGUGGGGUGAAGACCAUCGAUGCCCACGGUGGGAUGGUAAUGCCAGGGGGCAUCGAUGUCCACACACGCUUCCAGAUGCCUGACCGAGGCAUGACUGCAGCUGAUGAUUUCUACCAGGGAACCCGCGCAGCGCUGGCAGGAGGGACCACCAUGAUCAUCGACCAUGUAGUCCCAGAGCCAGGUACUGGACUGAUGGCAGCGUUCAAUCAGUGGCAUGAGUGGGCCGACAGUAAGUCCUGUUGUGAUUACUCGCUCCAUGUGGACAUCACUGAGUGGCACAAAGGGAUCCAGGAGGAGAUGGAGACACUCGUCAAAGACCAUGGUGUGAACUCUUUCCUGGUCUACCUGGCAUAUAAAGACGUUUUCCAGCUGACCGACUCUCAGGUCUAUGAGGUGUUCAGUGUGAUCCGAGACUUGGGCGCCAUUGCGCAAGUCCAUGCUGAGAACGGAGACAUCAUUGCUGAGGAACAGCGUAGGAUUCUGGAACUGGGCAUCACUGGACCAGAGGGACAUGUGCUGAGCCGUCCAGAGGAGGUGGAGGCAGAGGCAGUCAACCGCUCUGUGACAGUGGCCAAUCAGACCAACUGCCCUCUUUACAUCACCAAGGUGAUGAGCAAGAGUGCCGCUGACGUCAUCGCCCAGGCCAGAAAGAAAGGCACUGUGGUGUAUGGAGAGCCAAUAACAGCCAGUCUUGGCACGGACGGCUCGCACUACUGGAGCAAGAACUGGGCCAAAGCUGCGGCUUAUGUGACGUCCCCACCCCUCAGUCCGGACCCCACCACACCCGACUAUCUGAACUCUCUGCUGUCCUGUGGUGACCUGCAGGUGACCGGCAGUUCCCACUGCACAUUUAACACUGCCCAGAGAGCCGUGGGCAAAGACGACUUCACCCUGAUCCCUGAGGGCACCAACGGGACGGAGGAGAGGAUGUCCAUCAUCUGGGAUAAAUGUGUGGUGACCGGUAAGAUGGAUGAGAACCAGUUUGUGGCUGUGACCAGCACAAACGCAGCUAAGAUCUUCAACCUGUACCCCCGUAAGGGCCGCAUCGCUGUGGGAUCAGACGCAGACCUGGUUCUGUGGGACCCUGAUGUCACCAAAAUCAUCUCCGCCAAGAGCCACAACCUGGCAGUGGAAUAUAAUAUCUUCGAGGGCAUGGAGGUGCGCGGGGCACCACUGGUGGUGAUCAGCCAGGGAAAAAUCGUGCUGGAGGACGGAACCCUCCAUACCACAGAGGGCUCGGGACGUUACGUGGCCAGAAAACCCUUCCCCGACUACGUCUACAAGAGGAUAAAGGCCCGCAGCAGGCUUGCUGAGUUAAGGGGUGUCCCGCGGGGUCUUUAUGAUGGGCCAGUCUGCGAGGUGUCCGUGACCCCCAAGGCUGUCACUCCUGCUUCCUCUGCCAAAACUUCUCCAGCCAAGCAGGCCGCGCAGCCCGUCCGCAACCUGCACCAGUCUGGAUUUAGUCUGUCUGGUGCUCAGGUUGACGACAACAUUCCACGCCGUACCACUCAACGCAUCGUGGCGCCCCCUGGUGGCAGGGCCAACAUCACCAGCCUGGGCUAGACCUCUCCUCUCUCUGCAGGAGAUCAGGGGGUUGCAGGCGAGGGAUGUCUGCAAGUGGAGAUGUUUCCAACAUCAUGCCUCGAGCCAAAUCGUCCAAGGGGCCUUUGACUCUCCACUCCCCAAACCCUGUCAACCUCCCCUACAUCUCUCAAUCCUCUACACUUCCCCUCUCUCCCCAUCCUCUCCCCAACCUUGCACCCUCUCCUAGAGGAGAAAUCUAGAAAAAAAAAGAAGUAUUUGCCUCAUGUGAAGAUAAAAGGAAAAAAUUAACACUCCAUAUUUGAGCACC